AAAUAUCUUAAUCACAUUUUGGAAGAAGAAAAAACACAAAAAAAAAAUAAAACUAUAUACAUCUUAAUUAAUGAUACGAAGUUAAAGAACAAUUCUACCCACCAAAAACAACUCGGAUUACUUUGUAUAAGUACGAGGAUGCAUGGAAUUUGGAAAGCCAGAUUUCAGUAGUACAAAAGCAGAUUACUUUCCUAUUUUGCGAAAAAAAUGGCUUCUUCCUCCAUCAAAGGCAACCCCACGGCGGCGGCCACCGUGUUCCUUCUUGUUGUUCUUCAGUUGCAGGCUGCAGCCUUUGCAGCGGGCGCCGCCCCCGGCAGCGAGGAGCAGCGGGAGUUCGACUACUUUGUGUUGGCCUUGCAAUGGCCAGCCACUUCCUGCACAAAUCCCGGAAAGUGUUGCCCCUCCAACGGUUGCUGUCGCGGAGCUGAGUCUCCCACUGAAUUUACAAUCCAUGGGCUGUGGCCUCAGUAUGAAGAGAAAGGAUGGCCUUCAUGUUGCAGUGAUGCAAGCUUCAGUGAAAAUGAGAUUCUUAGCUUGAAUAAGGAUAUUCAAAAGUAUUGGCCAACUUAUCGAUGUGGGACAACAUCAACCUGCCAUAGGACCAAAGGCUCAUUUUGGGCUCAUGAGUAUGAAAAGCAUGGGACUUGCGCAGCUCCUGUAAUUGUGGGAGAAUUUGAUUACUUUUUGACAACCCUCACCAUCUUCUCCAAGUACAAUGUCACUAAAGUUCUGAAUGAUGCUGGAUUUGUAGCUUCCGAUACUGAAAAGUAUGCCCUUGGAGAUGUGGUAGCUGCAGUUCAGGAUGCUUUCAAUGCAACUCCCAAGAUUUCCUGCGCCAAAAAGGGAGCUGUUAAGGAACUUUGGCUAUGCUUUGACAAAACUUUUCAGCCACGUGAUUGCGAUCUUGCGAAUUCAUGCCCGGAUUUCAUCAAGCUCCCAACAUAUGAGCCACAGGAGGCUAAUAAGGUUGAGGGAGCAAUUCCAUGGAUGGGUGAUGCUGAAGCAAUUAUCUAACUUCCUUUUUGGAUUUGGAAAUCCUUUAAACAGUUUGCAAUUCCCACCAUGAAAAAUUUGGAACUUUCAUUGGGUAAUGGUGAGAAAUAAAAUAAUUACCAAUUCGAUGGAAUUGGGAUGCGUUUUUAAUUUCUUGCAUUAAUUAGGAAGAAUCUCUAUGUUUGAUACAUUGAUUAAUCUCCAAUUUUCAUACACUCCUUGAAAGAAAGCUAAAAGAGGUGCAUUUUAUGGUGAAUUACAACACCACAUAGAUCUGAUAGAGAUGAUAAAAUAAAGU